CGGGGCGCCGCGGGCAGCAGGGGCUGAGCGGCGGGCAAUGGGGACCUGGGAACCCGGGCGGCACUGGCCUCCGCAGCUCCCGACAUGAACCCCUACGGGCCCCUCAACGGGAGCCUGGCCAGCGAGGCCACCACGUGCGCGGCCUGCGCGGCCCCCAACGCGUCGGCCGGGGCCGCGGCAGGGGGGUCGCCGGCGCUGCCCAUCUUCUCCAUGACGCUGGGCGCCGCGUCCAACGUGCUGGCGCUGGCGCUGCUGGCGCAGGCCGCGGGCCGUCUGCGGCGCCGCCGCUCGGCCGCCACCUUCCUGCUGUUCGCCGCGAGCCUCCUGGGCACCGACCUGGCGGGCCACGUGAUCCCGGGCGCGCUGGUGCUGCGCCUCUACGCGGCGGGGCGCGCGCCGGCCGGCGGGGCCUGCAGCUUCCUGGGGGGCUGCAUGGUCUUCUUCGGCCUGUGCCCGCUGCUGCUGGGCUGCGGCAUGGCCGUGGAGCGCUGCGUGGGCGUCACGCGGCCGCUGCUGCACGCGGCGCGCGUCUCGGCGGCCCGUGCGCGCCUGGCGCUGGGCGCGCUGACCGCCGUGGCCCUGGCCGUGGCGCUGCUGCCGCUGGCGCGCGUGGGCCGCUACGAGCUGCAGUACCCGGGCACCUGGUGCUUCAUCGGCCUGGGCCCGGCGGGCGGCUGGCGCCAGGCCCUGCUCGCCGGCCUCUUCGCCGGCCUCGGCCUGGCCGCGCUGCUCGCCGCGCUCGUGUGCAACACGCUCAGCGGCCUGGCCCUGCUGCGCGCCCGCUGGCGGCGGCGCUCCCUCCGGCGCCCUCCGGCCCUGGGCACCGACAGCCGCCGAGGACGCCGCCGCGGCCGCGGGAGCGCCACCUCGGCUUCCGCUUCUUCCGCCUCGUCCCUGGCUUCGGCCGUCGCAGCUCCGGGCGGGUUCCCCGGCGGCGGCGGUGGCGGCUCGGUGCGCAGAACCCGCACCCACGACGUGGAGAUGGUGGGCCAGCUGGUGGGCAUCAUGGCGGUGUCGUGCGUCUGCUGGAGCCCGCUGCUGGUGUUGGUGGUGCUGGCUGUGGGCGGCUGGGGCUCCAGCUCGCUGCAGCGGCCGCUGUUUCUGGCCGUGCGCCUCGCCUCCUGGAACCAGAUACUGGACCCCUGGGUGUACAUCCUGCUGCGCCAAGCCGUGCUGCGCCAGCUGCUUCGUUUCCUGCCCCCGAGGGCCGGCGCCAAGGGCGGCCCCGCCGGGCUGGGCCUGACCCCGAGUGUCUGGGAGGCCAGCUCCUUGCGCAGCUCCCGGCACAGUGGCCUAGGACACUUCUAGGAGCGCCCGGAGGCCCAGCAGCUAAGCCAGACAUCCCGGGCUGGGCCCGGGUCCGCGGCGCGGAGCUUUUGGGGGAUAAAGCCACUUUACGGAUCAACCCAGGGCGGGGUGUCAUUCGGGGCCGCCGCG